AUGACGAAGCGUUUGGCCACUUUAAGACGGUCAUUGUUUCGAAGUCGACUAAAGAGAGUACGUGAACGUGUAUUUGAAAGGUUCCGACGCCUGAGUUGGCUGUCCGCCAUGGAGCUGACAACAUCCCGCGUGAUUCUGUUCCUGUGUAUCGUCGUCAUCUGUAACGGCAUCAACCCCACCACUAUCCUGAAUGUGGGUGGUUCAUAUGACAACAUUCUCCCGGGUCAUGGCUAUGACUUGUUAAAAGUGCAAACCCUCGAACAUUGUCACAGAGUUUGUCUGUACUCGCCGAAAUGUUUGUCUGUAAAUUGGAACAUGAAGACAAGGUUUUGUCAACUGAACUCGGAAGACGUCGGUCCUGGAGCCUCUCUGAUGCCGUCCACGGGAGACGUGUACGUCCCUGCACUGAGCCCCAACAUCCAGUCAAGUAUCAACAUUAACAACGGCUGUAACUGUUCCUACAACGACAUCGGCUACGACUCCAACGUCAACGACGACACCCACAACGACUUCGACAACGACUUCGACAACGACUCCGGCAACGACUCCGACAACGACACCGACUCCAACAACGACUCCAACAACGACUCCAACAACGACUCCGACAACGACUCCGACAACGACUCCGAUGACAACGACUCCAACGACUCCAACAACGACUCCGACAACGACUCCGACAACGACUCCGACAACGACUCCAACAACGACUCCAACAACGACUCCGACAACGACUCCGACAACGACUCCGACCACGACUACGACGACAACGACUCCGACAACGACAACAACAACAACAACGACUCCAACAACGACUAC